GGUAGUAUAGAGAGAGGAGGAGUAAGAGGCAGUUGAUAGAAGGUGGAGUGACGAACGUCAGUCACGCCUCUCCCUUCAUAACGAAGUUUGUUCGUCAAAAGUACCCGGAUCAAAACAUGGCGUCAAUAUCAUUUUCAUAGUCCUGAGACAAACAGAUAAAAAAAAAUUGGAUUUAUAACUUAAACGUACUCAAUUACAAAAAGAGUCCAGAUGUUUAAAAAGAAGUCAAAAAAGCCAGAGAUCUCGAAUCCUCUGAACUUUGAACAUCGAGUACACACUGGCUUUGACCAAGAGCAAGGACGUUACAUUGGUUUACCUUCACAAUGGCAAGGGAUUAUUGGUCCAGGAGAACGGCGGCGACCCAUUGUCGAUCCUGCACAUAUUACCCCUACAGAUAUGGGUAAUUAUAAAACUAUUGUGCGAGGUAAUUCAUCAUCCAGCAUCAAUGGUUAUGCAGCUGAUAACAAAAGUAUCACAGUUGCAAGAUCCAAUUCUUUACGAAAAGAAAGUCCACCAUCAUUACGACACAAACGGUAUGUUCCUGACAGUUAUUAUGCAUCAGUACCUGAAGAUGAACCAGUUAAUUAUAAUAAUCGGCCGCACUCCACUCAUCUCAAUCAUUCAUACAUGAGAGAUCACAUGAACGGUCCCUAUCAAGACAGAGAUUUUAAAACCUUACCUCAUGAACCAGUUCAUCAGAAAAAUUAUAUUGACAGCCAAAAUCGUCCUAGAUAUUCAGAUAGUGGGCAUCCUGAUCAUAGAUUUAAUGAUGAACGCUCUCGUGAAGGUCCGCCACCUUACUCAGUUGGACCAGGACAUAAUCGAGAAGAGUACCGUCCACCAAAUCCCAUGAAUGGAACUUUGAUGGUCCCUGUUCUUCCAAAGCACAACAACUUUCCAGCUCCACUCAGCAAUGUAAACCGAGUAAUACCAAAACACCAUGGGAGGAUGGAUUACGAUAAGGAUCCCUAUAGCAACAGGAAUGCAGGGCCCCCUGCGACAGGACCUAAUUUGUCACCUAGUUCCAAGUCUCCUCAACCAACCUCUUUUAUUGGAAACUUUCCAUCCAAACCACCUUUUACUGAACAGCAGCGGCUGACUCAUGAGCAGUUUCGAGCUACUUUACAGACAGUUGUCUCUCCUGGUGAUCCACGCGAUGAAUUGGAUUACUUUAUUAAAAUUGGUGAGGGUUCUACUGGAAUUGUAUGUAUUGCUACAAAUCGAUCAACAGGCUACAGAGUUGCUGUUAAGAAAAUGGAUCUUGGGAAACAACAAAGAAGAGAAUUGUUAUUUAAUGAGGUUGUGAUUAUGCGAGACUAUCACCAUGCUAACAUUGUAGAUAUGUAUGAAAGUUACUUGGUUGGUGAUGAACUAUGGGUCGUCAUGGAGUACCUUGAAGGCGGAGCCUUAACAGAUAUUGUCACUCACAAUAAAAUGGAUGAAGUUCAAAUUGCAACAGUAUGUCGAGCUUGUUUGUUGUCUCUUGCUUAUCUCCAUUCUCAUGGAGUUAUCCACCGUGAUAUUAAAUCAGACUCCAUUUUAUUAGCCCGUGAUGGCAAAGUAAAAUUAUCUGACUUUGGCUUUUGUGCCCAAGUUAGCCCAGAACUUCCUAAAAGAAAAUCGCUGGUUGGCACUCCUUAUUGGAUGGCUCCAGAAGUUAUUUCUCGACUACCUUAUGGACCUGAAGUUGAUAUCUGGUCUUUAGGAAUUAUGGUUAUAGAAAUGGUUGAUGGUGAACCACCAUUCUUUAAUGAACCUCCAUUGCAAGCCAUGAGGAGAAUUCGGGACAUGCCACCACCUAGAAUUCGCAAUGAUACAAAGGUAUCUCCACGCCUACAAGCUUUCAUUGAAAAAAUGCUUGUGCGAGACCCAUCAGCACGAGCAACUGCCUUUGAACUAUUACAGCAUCCAUUCAUUCAACUUGCUGAACAACCUAGUUGCUUGAUUCCAUUAAUUAGGAAUUUACGGCACAGCCCUUGUUAAUUAGUUUGGCUUUUGUGAGAACCUCCCCUCUGAAGAAAUGGUAAAUUCUAAUGUUUGUAUGAAUGCAUUCAUUGCUGAGUUGUGAAUACCAGCUAUAAAUUGCUACAUUUAAUGAGCAAACCAAAGUUAAUGUAUUUUUGUACCACAUCUGACAUAUUUACAUAUCUAGUUUUCUGACGAGAACAAAACAAACCAGAUAAAGGUCGUGGUAGGAAACCAUUUACAAAACGAAAUAACCAUGCUCGAUAUUUUUCUUAAAUCUUUUUUUAAAGAAGUAAAAAGAGAUGUAAACUGAAACGAAAUCUAUUAUUUUGAGUAAAGCGGUAUUAAUGUAUUUCAAACACUGUCCAAGACUACAUUUAGUAUUAAUUCCAUUAUUUGAGAGAUUUCUAAAUAUGUAAUCCCCAUAUUUUUAAAAUGUUGGGUUUAUCUUCUCUUACCUAAAAUAUACAUGGUUCUGAGCAUAGCAUUCUGUGGGGGAAGAAAAUGGUUCUAUAUUGUGAAUAGUUACAUCUAAGGAAAUGUAAACUGAAAAGGCCAACAUUUUUGCCAACUGGAACUAUAAUGAAAUUUUAUAUUCUGAGAAACUUUUUGUUUCCAUCUCAACUUUUUAUAUUAUUUUUAUACUAAUUGAUAUGAAAACAUUUUUUUUUUUUUUUUUUAAUUUCACUACUUGCAUUUCAUAUUUCCUUCAUUAAGCAAGAGUAAUGAGUACAUAAUGAAUAUUACUUUUAAACUGCCCACAUAACACAUUUUUUCGAUAAAACAUUGAUCGAAUAUAAUAUUUCCUUUUCUAUUUAAUAGUCAUUCAUUAAUAGGUAUUUACAUUUCUAUUUGAAUAUGCAAGAUAAACUUUUAUCACAAUUUUAUGAAAGCUAUUUAAAUAUUUCUGGAAAUCAAUCUAUUGUCUUGUGCCUUUGGAAAAAAAGUAAUCUCUGCUUUUAAGCAGACAAACUUUUCUAAGCAAAAAUAGUAAUUAAAAAGCUACAAUAGACUAAAGCCUAAAAUUUUACAUUUUAGAAUCUUUCUUCAGAUUUUUAUAUUGAAAUCUAUAUAUAUAUAUAUAUAUAAAAUCCACAACCUACAUAAUACAAUUUACUGCAAAGUUUUCUUUGUAAUUCCAGCUAAGCAAUACUUUAUAUUUUUCAUCCAUCACUAAGCACACACACAAACAUAAACGCACACUCUUUCUCUUGCUCUCAUAAUUGUAACUGUGCUGAUAAACUAGCACACAAUCAUUCCAUUUAUAAUAUUCUACAACAUUUCAAAACCUUAUAAUUGACUACUUGCACCUCCAUCAGAUCUUUCUGAAACCUGUUAAAGCCUUAUAACUGGUAAUUUGCACACCACUAGAAUCUUUUAUAUAUUUCCCUGAUUAGAAAGAAAA